UAAUAGACAACAGUUUUACAGCAAAAAUAAUGGAUAAAGAUACAUCGCGACACAUAACUGUUUGUAAAUCAUUGGAGGAAGUCCGCGCGCUAAAUGCACAAAAUGAUAAACUAUUACAAGAUUUCGGCAUCGAUGCGUUCACAUUUGCCGACUCGGUACAGGAGCUUCUGGACCAGUUUGCACAGGUACGGCUCCACACUGGACUGGCUAUCGAUGGUCCGCACAUGUCGUUUCUGGACGAGUUCCUCUACCAACGGGAAGCAAAGCGUCUCGAAGCAAAAACGCAAGCAAUUACGCUACGUUCCAAUGUCGCAUCGCUACGAGCAAAGUGUGACAGUGAGGCGAAGGAAGUGAGCCGACUGGAGAGCUUCCUCGAAGAUGCACAGAAACUUGCAACAUCGACGGAUGAAUUUGAAAAGAAAAAGGCUAAUCAGGAGAAGAAUUACGAGGUUGUGAAGGGAAAGCUGGAAUCUCUCCCGAGUGUGUCAGACGACAUCAAUUUGGACGAGCUGAUAGCGAACGUUCGGCAGCUAGAGGAGGAGGAUGCUGGACGACGUAGUGGGGAUAGGUGA